GAGUGUGUUUGUAACCACAUCUAUACGUAGGUGUAUCGAAUUCCUGAACCGAAUGACAAUAUCGUUCCGUGCCUAACUUUACUCUGCCUGUAGCAAGCGAUAACAAUUUAUUAAUCAGUCAACGUCAAGACAAGAACUGCACCAGUCGUUUUAUUUAGCAACAUGGUGUACGUGUAUGCUGAACAAUUCGGCACUUUCAAUGGAGAAGCAGUGAAGAAGUUCACCUGGGAAACUGACAGUGGGUUUACCGUGUCAGUCAUAUCUUACGGCGCCAUCGUACAGUCUAUUAAGGUACCCGACAAAAGCGGAAUAUUAAGCGACGUGGUGCUAGGCUUCGAUGAUCUGGACAGUUAUGUAAACCGAAACGACCCACACUUGGGGUCCACAGUGGGCCGCUGCGCCAACAGAAUAGGUGGCGCCAGUUUCCAAAUCGAUGGGGUCACCUAUCAGUUGGCUAAGAACAUAGGAAAGGAUCAUUUGCAUGGUGGUAUUGUGGGAUUCGAUAAGGUCAAUUGGAAAUAUAUAGUUGAUGGCAGCAAGGUCAUCUUCAGCUACCUGUCCAAAGAUGGAGAGGAGGGUUAUCCUGGGGACCUGGUUACCACCGUAAUCUACGAAGUCAAAGAGGAUGAUACGCUGUACGUCGAGUUCGUUGCAACAACAACGAAGAAGACGGUGGUCAAUCUGACUAACCACUCGUACUUCAACUUAGCUGGUCACGAAACUGGCGCUGAGGAGAUCUACAAUCAUGUGAUUGCAAUAAAUGCUGAUAAAAUAACAGAGACAACGUCGGAAUCAAUCCCCACAGGGCGUUUCAUCAAAGUGGGGGGCACAGCGUACGACCUGCGCAUACCAGCGCGACUUGGUGACGCCAUGGAGAGACAGGCGGACUCCGAGCUGUAUGACGACAACUUCUGUGUCACUGCGUAUCAGAAAGAGGAAUUAAACUUCAUAUCAAGAGUAACCCAUCCACCUAGCGGCAGAUACCUCGAACUUUACAGCGACCAACCCGGUGUCCAAUUGUAUACAAGCAACUUCCUCCCCUCCCCAAACGAACCUGCAUUGGUGGGGAAAGGGGGUGUUGGUUACAGGCGACACGGAGCCUUCUGCCUGGAAACCCAGAACUACCCAGAUGCUGUUCAUCACCCUGGGUUCCCGACCGCCAUUUUGAAACCUGGUGACGUUUACAGGCAUAGAGUUAACUAUCGGUUCGGUGUCAGCAACGAAAUCGGUCCAGAAGUCGUCGUUUCGUAAAAAAAUUGCUUUAAAAAAUAAAAAAAUAUAUAUAUUUUUUUGAAAUGAAUGUUAAGUAUUUUAAACGAUUUUUUACACAAAUAAAUUUUAUAGAUAAUGUAUUUUUUUAUAAAUAAAAAUGCAAUUGUUUUAUAAUA